GAGACACAAAAAUGCCACCAGCAGCAGGAGCACCGGAUUACCCACCUCCUGAUGGAGGCUGGGGAUGGGUUGUAGUCUUUGGGGCUUUUAUCUCCAUUGGAUUUUCCUAUGCAUUCCCCAAAGCCAUCACAGUAUUCUUCAAAGAAAUACAAGAAAUCUUCCACACAUCGUACAGUGAGAUAGCUUGGAUAUCAUCGAUAAUGUUGGCUGUCAUGUAUGCAGGAGGUCCCAUAAGCAGCAUUUUGGUGAAUAAGUAUGGUAGUCGGCCUGUGAUGAUGGCAGGUGGUGUCCUGUGUUCAUUUGGAAUGAUUGCAUCCUCUUUUUGCAGUAGUGUCCUGGAACUGUAUAUAUGUAUUGGUGUGGUUGGAGGUCUGGGUUUAGCAUUCAACUUACAGCCUGCCUUGACCAUGAUUGGCAAGUAUUUUUACAAGAAGCGUCCCAUUGCUAAUGGAUUGGCCAUGGCUGGAAGUCCAGUGUUUCUGAGCACAUUGGCACCUCUCAAUCAAUUCCUCUUUAAUGCUUUUGGCUGGAAAGGAAGCUUUCUUAUUCUGGGAGGACUUCUUUUGAACUGCUGUGUGGCUGGGUCACUUAUGAGACCUGUUGGACCGAAAACAGUCCCUCCUGGGAAAAAAGAUGUUGAAAAAGGCACAGGAGAUUCUGCCUUGCACAAAAACAACAAGAAGUCUUGUUGGCAAACUAUGAAUAAGUAUCUAGAUCUGUCCCUCUUCAAACACAGAGGGUUCCUGAUCUAUUUGUCAGGAAAUGUCAUUAUGUUUAUUGGUUUCUUUGCUCCAAUAGUAUUCUUGGCUCCUUAUGCCAAGCACAAGGGAAUUGAUGAAUACUCUGCUGCUUUUUUGCUAUCUAUCUUAGCCUUUGUUGACAUGUUUGCUAGGCCUUCAAUGGGACUCGUAGCAAACUCCAGGUUUAUCCGGCCAAAGAUUCAGUAUUUUUUUAGUUUUGCUGUUUUGUAUAAUGGCGUCUGUCAUAUCUUGUGCCCUCUGGCAACAAAUUACACUGGCUUGGUGAUAUAUGCUGUAUUUUUUGGGUUUGCAUUUGGAAUGGUUAGCAGCGUUCUUUUUGAGACAUUGAUGGACCUCGUUGGAGCUGCCAGAUUUUCCAGUGCCGUUGGACUUGUCACCAUUGUGGAAUGUUGCCCUGUACUCAUAGGCCCUCCUCUAGGAGGUUGGUUAGUAGAUGUUACUGGUGAAUAUCAGUACAUGUAUUUUGUCUGCGGAGUGAUUGUGACUGUGGCCAGUAUCUGGUUGUUCAUUGGCAAUGCCAUCAACUACAGGCUUUUGGCAAAAGAAAAGAAGUUAGAAGAUGAGAAGCAGAAUGCACAGAAGAAUGCUGACUCAAAGGAAUCAGAACCAUUGACAAACAAUGAGAAUGAAGAUGCUUCCAGCAGAGCUGAUAAAGCUCUUGAAGAUCCCUCAGAAAGAGAAACCAAUAUUUAAUCUGCAAUAUAGCUCAUUUAUGACUUCCAUGAGAAAUAGAUCUUCAAGACACCGGCCAGGUAUUGUGGUAAUAAUGAUCAGUCCCAGUAUUGGAUUGGAAGAGAUUUUUGCCCCAUGGCAAGACUCGAAGUUAAAUUACUAUCUACAGUUUAUUUAUUUCAGCAAUACUAAAUUAAGAUGACAGAGGUAGUGUCUUCGUGCAAAUGAGUCCCUCAAAAUCUGACUCUGGACAAACAAGUGUCAUUUAAACCAGACUAUAAAGCCUUCCAAUGACAAAAAAAUAUGGUUUCAAAGGUAUAUGUAAUGCAGAAGUAUCUCCUACUCUUACUUGGGAAGAUACCUUUGUUCAUCUUUAGAGUAUGGUUAAAGUCUGUUGAAAUAAUCUGCCCAAACUACUCAUGCCACUAAUAUAAAAGAAUAUAACCUCAAAGAUUUGUUUCAAAAGAGAGACUGAAGCACACUGAAACUGCAGUU